UGUCAAGCUCUGGGAACUCAGAUCCGUCGCCGUUGCAUAAUCGGUUUGUACAUCUCUCUCUUCGUUUGUCUCCUUUGACUCUAUAGGAAUCCAAUUUAACUUUUGAGCAAGUAAAAUGGAACAAGAGGCAGCUGAAACUGCGAGGGAGUCGCUGGAGCUUGUGUUUCGGAUGUCGAACAUCUUGGACACUGGUCUCGAUCGACAUACAUUGUCUGUUUUAAUAGCUCUCUGCGAUCUUGGUCUUAACCCCGAGGCUCUAGCUGCUGUCGUCAAGGAGCUUCGCCAGGAAUCUGGCAACAACCAUGGCAGCCGCUUAAGAUAAUAAUUCAAAUCCUUUGGAAGAUGGAUCAAUACUGAAACAUCUGCGAUUGAUUUUUUUUUUUCUUUUUCCUUUUAUGUUUCGGUUUUAUUCUGCCAUUAAACUUAUCGAGUGUUCCUGAGAUAUAGAGUCUUAUGAGGGGCCGAAUCACAAAGUUACCCUCCUCAUCUU